AUGUCGCUCUUCUCGCUGCUCUUGUCUGUUGCGAGCAAUGCCAGGCCAAUCACUGGCCCGUGGCCUCAGGCCUUUCCGGCCAAGGACCUCUGCUCCAACUGCGGCCUCUGCCGCAGCGCCACGGGCGUCACGUCCGUCACGGAGGCGUGCGCCUUCAUCGGCGACGGCAUGGCAAGAGCGGAGCGGCUCGAGGAGCCGGUGCACGGCCGAGCACGCCGCUUCGACGCCGCCGCCGACGAUCUUGACGAGGCUCACUUUGGCGUGCACGAAGAGAUCGUCCUCGCGCGCGGCUUCCUGAACAACGCUCAGUGGACGGGCACGAGCAGUGCGCGUCCCGUAGGCAUCGCCCUCGCCUGGCUCGAGAGAGCAGAGGUGGAUGCCGUCGUGGUUACCGGCGCCCAGGCGGCCGGCUCGGGCUUCGGUUCUCCGAAGCCGGUUCUCUGCCGCAGCGCGGAAGAGGUGCUGCAGGGACGGCGCGUCAAGCCGUCGCUGCGGCUCCUCUUCUGCGGCGUGGGCUGCGCCGCUCUGCGGUCUCUCAACGGCGCGGCGCCCGAGGCAGCGCUGGGCCUGCUGCCGGGCGGGCUCUACGCCUCGCAAGCGUUCGUCUCGACUCUGCCCGGCGUCGGCGCGGAGCGAGCCAACGAUGUGCUUGCGUACGAGUUCAUGGCAGACUUCAGAGUGCACGCGCGGCUCAAGGAGGACGGCGGCGGCGGAGAGGGCGGCGGCGGGGAGUGCGGCAGCGGUGCAGGGGAUGGCGGGGGCGGCGGCAGCGGCGGUGAGGGUAGCGGCGGCGGGAUUGGCGGAGGCGGGGGCGGCGGUGGCGGCGGUGGCGGCAGCGGAGGCCGCGAGAGCGUGGUCAAGGCAGCCUACAUGACCCUCCCCCCCUCGGUCGGCAUCCCCUCGAUCGCCCCCUCGUGCUUCGCCUGCUUCGACUACACAAACGGCCUCGCCGAUCUGGUGGCGGGCGACUACGUUUCUUGUUUCACGCCAUGCCUCGCCGAUCUGGUGGUGGGGUACAUGGGCGCGCCGUUCGACGCGAAGGCGGACGAGAUGGUGACGGCGCCUCUGAUGGUGACGGUGCGGAACGCGAGGGGGAGGGCGAUGCUGCGGGCGGCGGUGGAGGCGGGCCGCGUCGAGGUGCUGCAGGAGGGGGGGCAUGGGGGGCGGCGUCUGCCGUCGGCGGGCGACCGGCGGCUGAUCGCGAUGAAGACGGUGGAGGGGGACUCGAUGGUGAAGUCGCUGACCGACGCCGCCUACGUGCGCGCCGAGCAGAGGAGGUACUCGAUAGACUACCACUACGUGCGCAACCAGCUGUACGAGAGGAUGGGCGAGACGCGCGCGGCGAGGCACGUGCCGAGCUACGCCAAGGCGCUGAUGCAGCGGCGCGCGCCGGAGCCUGGAGGCACCCCAACCUGGACGGCGCCGUACGCGUCGGAGAUGGAGAGGCUCGGGGCGGCGGCGAGCGCGGCGAGCGCGGCGAAGGCGGCGGGUGGGGACGGGUCGGUGGCGUCGGGCGUUGCCGGAGGGUCAGGCUUGCAGCGAGCCGGGAGAGAGCGGUGGCUGAGGACGAUCCGCGAGCUACUGCUGCUGUGA